UCUCUAUUCCCUCCGUUGUCAUCACAGACAGGAUACCUUGUCCUCAUAGCUGCCAUGUUGGUGACCAGGACAUAUUGUGAUGUCUGGAUGAUCCAGAAUGGAACCAUGAUUGAAAGCGCAAUUAUCGGUCGUUCCAACACCGAUUUCAAGAACUACUUGUUCAACUUUUGCAAAGUGAUGCCACUUAUCGCAUUGGUGAAUAACUUCUUGAAGCUGGGUCUGAAUGAGCUGAAGCUAAGGUUCAGAGUGAGGCUAACCAAACACCUCUACGACGAGUACCUCAAGUAA